UCCUGGAAGUCAGUAAGAAUGUCAACAUUCAACUGUGCCACAGUCAUUAUUGCCUUGGUAGUCAGUGCUUAUGGACAUGACUGUACAAAAUACAGCCUGACACCAUCAGACCAGUCUAUUAUUGAUAUGAUGAAGCAUUACUUACAUACCUCGCGGAAAGCGGACUGUCCUUUAACACCUUCACAACAAGAUAUUGGUGUGACAUAUGUGAGAUGGGGAAAGAAAACUUGUCCUGAAAAUUCGGACAUUGUGUAUACAGGGCAGGUUGGAGGUAACUACUAUACUAACAAAGGAGGAGGUUCCAACUGGCUUUGUUUACCCAAUGACCCUGAAAAUGGUAAAGUAUCAUCCAAUAGUAAUGAUGGACUAUAUGGUGCCGAGUACCAGAUACAUUCGAAACCAUUUGGGUUUACUGCAGGUUUGAAUGACAAAGAGGUUCUAUGCUCUGUGUGCAGGAGAAAAGGAAAAGUUUCUGUUUUAAUGAUAGCAGGAAGGAAGUCCUGUUACAAAGGAUGGAAAUCUGAAUAUAACGGCUUCCUGAUGACUCAAUAUAAAAGCCAUAACAAUGUAGACUUUAUCUGUAUGGACGGAGAGGCAGAACCAUUGGACAAUCGAUCCUCCAACGAAGAAGGUGCUUUGUUAUAUCCCGUCAGAGCGAAAUGUUGUGCUCUGAGAUGCCCUCCAUUCAAAGAUAACACUGAUGUGCUGUGUACCGUUUGUACAAAAUAA